AGUCAAAUGUGAAACGACGCACGUGUGAAUUUCGGAAUACAGUUUUCUUGGUCUUCUCCAUCUGAUUUGAAUUAAUUUAAUUAAACUAGAGGACAAACCACACCAUUCAAAGACUUACGAUUUUUCAGGAGUUGGAUUGGUAUAACUGCCUGGACGAAACGAAGUAAAAAGAGGCCUGUCUGCGUAAAAGCGACAAUAAUUCUAAAGACGGGAGGCACAACUCUCGAUGCAAGUUUGGCUGUAAUAGUUUAUCUGGACAAUUCUGUGAAUCAAAAUGAAAAUCAAGAAAGUUAAACGUGGAAAAUCGUUCCGCUACAAUGUCAACAGGAAACGUGUAAACAAUCAAAGACGCGGCACCGGAACAAUAAAAGAUCCAGCCAUUCGCAAGGCCUGGGAUGAACGCAAAACACUGACGAAGAAUUUGGUUGCAAUGGGCAUCAGUCGAGAUCCGAAUGAAAUUUUAGCCGUACCGUCAACGAAACAGAAACGUCUCCGAAUGAUCAAAUUGGCCAAUGGUUUUGUCGAAGAAGAACUGGAUGAAGAGGUGGCUCGGCCGAAAACUAAAUUGGUGGAACAAUUGGAGCAGGAAGCGAAUGAAUAUCGCGAAAGUCAGUUCAGGCUUCCCAAAGGAGUUGUAAAAUAUGCGAGCUACUUGCUGGACAAAUACGGACUGAAUUACAAAGCAAUGGUCAAGGACGAGAAAAAUUACGAUCAAGAAACGUGGAAACAAUUGCGAGCGAAAAUUCGAAAAUUUAUGAGCAUCCCAGAACAGUUCAACGUUUACUUGAAACAGAAGAAUUUGGAUCCCGAAAAUUUACCUUGGUCAGAAUAUGAUUCAGAUUGUGAACAAUAAAAAUAGGUUUCUUUACUGUUAGU